UUUCUCAUUAUUUCCCAACACACAAACUAUUCUACUAGUGUUUUCCUUUCACAAUUCUCUCCAAAAAUAAUAAUAAUAAUGGCUCUAAAGAAAGCAACUCAAACAGCAGCUCUUAAACAAAUCCUCAAAAAAUGUUCUAGCUUUGGAAAAAAUGAAAAUGGGCUACCAAAUGAUGUCCCAAAAGGACAUUUUGUUGUAUAUGUUGGAGAAAAUAGGAGAAGAUAUAUAAUUCCAAUUUCUUGGUUGACACAUCCUGGAUUUCAAAGUUUGCUUCAAAGGGCUGAAGAAGAAUUUGGGUUUAAUCAUGAUAUGGGAAUUACUAUUCCUUGUCAUGAACAUGAUUUCUCUUCUCUAAUUUCAAAUUUUGAUCGGAUGCACUAAAAUCUCGCUAUGUGAUGACCACGGAGUUCGAGAAGGAUUAAUUGUGAAUACUAAACUCUUUUGGUGUGGUUAGAGUUAAAAUUUUGUAUAUUGAUUUUCACGUACUCUAUUGUUUUGGUCAGUGGUGAUGAAUGUUUACACCCGUCGAAAAUUCUUGUUUAUGAGAA